UAGUACGUAGGUAAAAAAAAACCCCAACUAGUAAAGAACGCCAUGUAUGACGUUCAUGGGUCGGUACAUGUACAUGGUCACGGUACAUUACGGGUCACAUGCCGCGGACAUCAUUACAAGCGGAGACAUGUAGAAUCUGCAAACGCUGAGAUAGAAUGGAUAUAUCAUCAAUACAUUAUUCAGUUGAAUGAGCAACUUGAAAUUUCAACAAGUGUCUUACAUGUUAACACCAUGUACGACAACCACGCACGAUCGCCGUCAUGAACGUGAGUAUCUUAUAGAUGCGUAGUAAGAAGGCGUGAAGAAAUAGCUGUGAAAAGAUGAUGACUUUACCACCCCUGAAGAUGAGUUAGACAAUCCUAGCUGUCUUCACAAUAAUCGCCUCUUGCUGAUCAGAAAGAAUGAAUUCAACAUGAACUACUCCACGAACGCCAGUCUCGUUGAAACGAGUCGCCCGCUUUCCUUGCAGAUCUGUCUGUCCGUCAGCUUGUUCGCUCUGAUGCUACUGGCUAUCGGCGGCAACCUGAUAGUCUUCCUCGCAAUUUUUCGGAGCACCUCCCUCCGCGCCCAGGUUGCCAACAUCUUCAUCGUCAAUCUGGCCCUGACUGACUUCGGAUGUUCAGUGUUAGUAAUGCCGUUCUCGCUGGUAUCUGUUUGGCAAGGCCGGUGGGUGUUCUCCCCCGUCUGGUGUAAAGAGGUGUGUCUCCUCAACUACUGCUUCAUCAUCACCUCUAUGCUGACCCUUGCCCUCAUCUCGGUCGACCGUCGCAUCUACGUCACUCACCCACUGCUCUACAGCCUCAUCAUGACAAGGAGGCGCGCCGUGGCGCUGGUCCUGUCCACCUGGGUAGUGGCUCUCGCCUUCGCGGUGCCUCCUCUUGUCCUUGACUGGGUGGAAUACGACGACAAUGAAAUCGUUUGUGCCAUCGAUUGGGAGAUCGGCCUGGGAGCGUCUGUCAUCUCCUACACGGUUAGUGCUUGCGCCAUCUGCUACCUGGCACCAAUCGUGGUGAUUGUGUAUUCCUACUGGGGCGUCUUAAAAGUGGCCCGCAGACAUGCUGCACGUAUUGUUCCAGUUAUACACCUGACUGAGGUCCCUCAUACCACUACAACCACGCGACGCGAAUCUCAAUAUACAUCGUCGUCCAGAAGCGAUACUCAGCAACCAAACGAAGCUCGAACGGACCCGAGACAAGUCCGUGGAAAGAAGUACGCAACUCGGGCCAUCAAGCUCAUUCUGACCUUGGUCAUAUUCUACAUCAUCUGUAACACGCCCUUCUGUCUGACCAAGCUGAUCAAAGUGGCCAUGGGAGACAACGAGGCUGUGCCUUCCUACAUCAGCACGCUUGCCUCUUGGAUGGCGUUCCUGAACCCGGCAUGCAACCCGGUCAUUUACUCUAUCCUGAGGGAGGACUUUCGGACGGCAUUUUUGAAGAUCCUCCCCAAGUGCUGCCGUCGAUGCGGCAGGAAAAACUCGGGAAACUCUGUCGGUUCGGACUGUAUCUAACUCUCUGAAAGCAACAUCGUAAAACAAUAUGCGAACCCUCGUUUUACAAAAUUAAUCACCUCCACAGACUUGUACUUUACCUGGACUAUUUUGUUUUUUUAAAUUUUCUUUGGAUCUCAUGCUUAGAUCUUUUCCAGAAAUCGAAACUUUAGUUUACUCAAAUCAGGUGAUUCAUUCAUUCAACCGUUCCACACAUAAUAUUAUGGUAAAGUAACUUUACCAAGUUGCAGAAGAAGAAAAAAACCCCAGCAGGCAUGUCCCAGAGAUGGAAGAGAUAUAUAGUUUGGUUGAUUCGAAUGCCUCCCCGUGCAUUGGACAGUGGGACUCUGGUGAUUUUGUUAACCCUCCGUGAUGAGCAUCGUGCAAUAGACCCAGGAUAUAAUGACGUCACGCUUUUGUUUACAUGGGCGCUUUCUUAUGUGGGAGCCAGGUGGGGACGAUUGACUGACGCCACCUGGCUCCCAUAGGAAAGCGCACAUGUAAACAAAGUGUGACUUCAUUAUGUCUUUGGUCUAUUAAACAGGUACAUCGAUCAGGGUUGCCUGAUUUCAGGCUUUUUUAAAUUGUAAGUAACACAUGGGUAUCAUGCAUGACGUGUGUAUACUUUCACUUAAAAUGUCCGAGUCCACUGAAAGAUAAGCCGAGAGGGGGCCGGGGGUUUCCCUGUUCCGAGUUUUGAUCGUAUGUAGGUACGAUCAAAACUCGGAACAGGGAAACCUCCGGCCCCCUCAGGAGGAGACGCAAACGUCCAAAGUCCAUAGACGUUUAAGACGUGUACAUGUAUUCCUUUGGUAGCUCAUCAUCGCCUUAUCACACCGUUCACAACGGACGCACGUGCCAUGCCCACGUUGCUAUAAGUGUUGACCAGGGCCUGGGUGGGCCCAAUUUCAUGGCCCUGUAAGCACAUAAUCCUUAGUGACGGGAUGUACGCAUGCGCAGAAGCCAAAAUUCUUCGCAAACCCAACUGAAAUACACUUAACCGUAAAACACGGGAUUUUCUGUAAAAGUAUUAAGCAGGGAUUUGUCGCUAACGAUAAACACGUCGCGUCAACUAACUUGGUGCAACAAGGGUCUGACUCGAUUCUGCAACAAAAUCGUAUCUCGCGCGAAUACGCUCCGUGCAACAAGGUCGAAUCUCGCGUAUCGCGACGUCCACUGACUUUGUGUGCACAUCCGGGUUAUUUAAAGCGAAAUUCAGAGCCAUGAAAUUGGGCCCGGGUGUCACCAGGAAAACAAAAUCCGUUCAGUGAGAGCUCAAAGAACUUUGGCCGACAGCGCCCCCUAGGAAAGUACGAGCAAUGUUUCCAUUUGAUAUUGAUUUCGUUCCGUAUGGAUUUGUACCUAGUGAUUUUAAGUUCCUACGGAUACAUUGUAUAUAAACGCGUUUUAAUGUUUAUUGUUAGGCAAAUUCACAGCUAUUUAGAAUUAUAUGUAGAUUUAUAUGUAAUAAAGCUAAUAAUUGUAUAACUGAAU